CAGUAAGAACAAAACCAGGAGACAGAUGAAAAUGGAGAGUAUCUUUGUUGCAAACUUUCCAUGUGCCGCAUUGUCUAUGGGAGUGACUGCUCACAAUAAUGUAUUACAACUGAAUAUUGAAGAGUUGACAGAAAACCUCUCAGCUAACAUUAAAAUUGAGAAAAGGGAGGAGAAAGGAGAAGUGUGUAAUGUUACAUAUUUUGAAACCGGGCAGAAAGAGACUUGGAAUUACUCAGUCAUCUAUGGUUUUGAGUUCAGAUACCUGGGCACCACUAAGUUGGUAGAGCACAAGGUAUGGGAUGGAUCCUCUCAGUUCAGACCUUUGGUUUCUGAUGUUAGUAUAAGCAAUGAAAGCCCCUUGUCCUAUGUUUUCAGAUUGGAGAUAGAGGGAAUAACUCUAAAGAGAGAAGGUAAUACUUGGAUCAAAAAUGGGCUUUUGAAGCUGAAAGUAGAGGUGACUGUUACCUCUAAGUCUGCAAGGCAUUUACUUCCUAAACAGUUGAUGCCAGAUGAGCCUUUAUCAAAUGCAGUGCCUUCAUCUCCACAAACUGCUGAAGAAUUCCUCUAUAAUAAACUGCCAGAGGAUGAGGACACAAUGAAUGGCAAAACUUUAGAAACAACAGGGUGCUUUAUGGAAGAAGGGUUGGGAACAUUGAACAGAGACAAAAAGCCAGAUAAAGAGCCUUUAUCAAAUGCAGUGCCUUCAUCUCCACAAACUGCUGAAGAAUUCCUCUAUAAUAAACUGCCAGAGGAUGAGGACACAAUGAAUGGCAAAACUUUAGAAACAACAGGGUGCUUUAUGGAAGAAGGGUUGGGAACAUUGAACAGAGACAAAAAGCCAGAUAAAGAUUUAUUCAAGAAGAAAAAAGAGAAUGUUGAAAAGAUGUCAGAAAGAUCAAAAUAUGGAGCAGUGAAGUCGUAUGAAGAUUUUCCAUCCUGCUACCACAGAUUAAGUUGGCUAUUACAGUGUCUAAUAGCCUUCACAAAAGUCAUCAUUGAAUGUUUUUCCAUACAAACUCAUUCCAUGCUACAAGUAUUAGUACCUAUCCUUUUGUUGAUAUCCAGGUCAACUGGAGAGCAGUGUAUAACCGAGGCAGCACUUGAAGUUGGCAAUAUUACUAUUCUCAACCCUUGUGAAACAUGUGAUUCCCACAAAGUUAACCUUCACUGUCAAGGCAAUAAUAUAUCUGUGUGUUUGAAAAUUUUCCCCACUUCACAAUUUGCAGUAGGAUGUGCUCCAAAUAUCUGCAUAAAUGAUGGAUGCCCCGAGUGGAAUGGGGGAAAUGGAUCAUACAAGAUCCAGUAUAGAAAUGGAGGGUGCAGUUCCAUUUGCCAAGGGCAUUUUAGUCUUGCCGAGUGGAUCAAAAACUGCACAAUAUCACCGACCCCCUCAUUAGAAAACAACUGCCUCCCAACAACAUCAGAUGAAAAUGGAUCUGAUUCUGUAGUGAUAGUGAUUGUUAGUUUCUCAAUAGUAGCAGUUGGAAUAGUAGUAGGACUUUUGAUCCUUUGGAAAAAGCAGCUUUUGUGCUUCAGAAAAAACAGAGCUAAUAGAGAUGAAAUUGAACAAGUGGGUUUAAACCUGAAUCCCUAGCAGUGGUGGAAGAAGUAGAUAGUCUGAUUAAAUGAUGAUGUUUGAUCAAUAACAUGUAAUAUGGUACCAAAUAUUACCAGGUUCUAAACUGACUGAUUGAUUGAUUAUCUGUUGCUUUAUGAUGAAGUUCAAUGUAUUUCAGCAAUAUAUUUUGGUGGUGGGUAAAAAGUAAACAUGUAAAGACUCAGAUGUUCUGUUUUGAAAUAAAUGUAGUUUUUAGCGGGAA